AUCCCAAACCAAACCAGACCAAAGGGCAUUCAUCUACUUCCUCUUAUUAUUUUCUUCUCUCAUUUUCCUUUGUUUCAUACAAUGCCUCUCCUUCAGUCUUGAACCCAGGGAAAUUAAGACAACGGACUCUGAAAAUAAAUUAUGAAUAAUUCUUGGUUUGACAAAGGCUUUGAUGGGGUCAACGAAGAUUUCUUUGAUGAUGUAAUAAAGUACUUGGAUUUCCCUUUGGAAGAUGUUGAAGGGACUGACAGUGGUAGUGGAGAAGGUGUUAUAAAGGAUUUCCAUUUGCCCAUCGUUGAUGCGGAACAGAACAAUUGUGGUGGCGGUGGCAAUGGUGAAGAGUGGGACUGUAACUUUCAAAACUUAGAGCCGCCGCCUGCUAAUGUUCUGGCUGGCAUGUCUUCUGGCUUUGGUGGUGAUUUUUUCAGUGAUUUUUUAGCGAAGAGCCAUUCUGUUUCAUGUGAUGGAUCAACUCAGCUAAAACAAUGGUCAAGCACUAGUGAAGCAUCCUCGGGCAGAAGUGUUACCCCAAAAAGUGAGUCUGCCAAUUUCAAAGGUUCAAUCAGGUUCCAAACCUCCAGUCCCGUGUCUGUACUUGAAAGCAGUAGCACAAGCUCUGCUGCAAAUCCAGCACUUAUUAACCCUAAGCCCAGUUUCCUGGUGAAACGUGGUCGAAGCAAGCGCAGACGAGCAUAUGCCUUUAACCUGCACUUCACAUUGCCUUUUACUUCCUCCACCUCCACUACCUUCAGGGGAUCUAAUUUUUCGGUCGGUUCUGAAUCCGAAUCAGAAAGCCAUCUUGCUGAGGCCAAAAAUAGAUUGAAGAAGAAAAAGAACCUGACAUGGCUUUCAGGUUUCAAUGACAUGAAGAGAUCCCCCUCCGAACAGCCUACCGAAGUUAGGAAAUGCUUGCACUGUGAAGUUACAAAAACUCCACAAUGGAGGGAAGGACCAAUGGGACCAAAAACCCUUUGUAAUGCAUGCGGUGUUCGUUUCAGGUCCGGCCGUCUCCUUCCCGAGUAUCGUCCUGCUGCAAGCCCUACAUUCGUUCCAGCGUUGCACUCCAACUCUCAUAAGAAGGUGGUGGAGAUGCGGAAAAAAGCCAACAUGUUGUCGGUCCCACCGGAAUCGAUUAGUAUGUAGAUUAAGCUUCGCAUAGGGAGCUUCAUUGUUAUGUCUUACAUUUGUGUCUUUUUUAGGUUUUGUCAGUGUGUACAUUGAUGGAAUAAGUAGGAACUUUAGAAUGAGAUGUUUUUGCAGGUGGAACAAACAUGAAUCAAUAGGCAGGAAAAAAGUAUCUCGGUGAAAGUAGGGAGUCAUUGGAGGGUGGAUUUUCAGAUUAGGUUUUUAAUUUCAGUAAUGCCUUAGCAUAUGUAUCAGUUCCCACCCUAUUCAUUUAUUCUUCCCAAUUC